AGUUCACUCUGUCGCGUACAAAUUGUCGAAGUCGUACACAUUGAUCACAACUAUUCACAACCACAACGCUACUGGGAAUCAAUUGGAAAAGAUGGUUAACAAAAUGGGACUGAUAUUUACAUUGGUUGGAGUAAUUAGCCUGGCUCUGGCAACGUUGGGAUCGCCAUACCCAAAGGCAAAACAAGAAGACGGAGUUCAUACAAAAUGCACGCAGCCUGGGAUGUUUUCUCUCACAUUUGAUGAUGGACCACUGCCUGGAAGAACUGAAGCUGUACUGGACGUCCUUAAAGAGGCCAAUGUCACGGCAACAUUUUUCGUCUGUGGUCAAACAUACAGCGACCUUCACUCGGUCGAAGGACAAGCCACCGUCAGAAGAAUUAUUGCCGAGGGUCACCAAAUUGGCAUCCAUACUUGGAGCCAUCCCUACCUUGCUGACCCUUGGCGGUCUGUGGAAGAAGUGACAAAUGAAGUGAAAUCCGUGGCAGAUAAGCUGCUGGAAAUUACUGGGAACCGAAUUCCAAUAAUGCGACCCCCAUACGGUGCUUAUAACGACUCCGUCUUGGACAUUGUUCGUGGGGAGUUAGGACUCGAGGUCAUCAUGUGGAAUGUCAAUACGCUGGACUGGAGUCAUCCCGGAGACACAGCUGCGGCUAUUGAGAACUAUAAAAUAGAGACGAGUGGAUCACAUCCUAGCGUCGAUUCUUUCAUUGCGUUGCAUCACGAUCCGCUCCCAGGAAGCUCAGAGCUGGCUGUGGAAGCGAUCCGAUUUAUGAUUUCGGCAGGAUAUCGAUUUGUCACGGUGGGGGAAUGUAUUGGGCUGUAAAUAUCUAAAGAUGAAGUAUGCAAUGGAACAAUUUCUGGUUGCUUUUUAUCAUUCACGAUAAAUAAUAAAAACUGAUAUUAAUAAGUAAUCUUAAGAUUAGUUGUCAUGUUUUAUAGAAUAAAUCUGUACACAGAAUAAA